AUGGUUAAUUACAAAUGCACAUUUUGUAAACGUAUAUUUAGUAGUCGUUUAGGGUAUAGCCAGCAUGUUAAUAUUUGCGAUCAAUCUAUCAGUGAUGAAAAUCUCCCUCCGCCUGUUGAAGAAUUACUUUUAAGUGACAACCAUAGUAGUAAUUUUGAAAAUAUUAUAUCUGAAGAUUCAAUAAUAAAUCAAGAUAUUUUAGAACCUGAGUCUGAUGUGAAUGUAAAUUAUCCUAAUGAAGCAUAUGAAGAUUUUAUGACAUUA